AUGUGCAGGGCAGUAAUCAUAACAAAUAUGGCUGCUACAGGUAAAGAUCUUUCGCCAGCUGAUGCUGUACAAAAGCUGUUCAAUGCAGUGGAUGAAGGUGAUCCCAGACAGGUUAUAUUUUGCAUGAGGAAAAUAACUGAGCAAGCUUUUUUUAACCUGGGACCAACAUUGUUGCAAAAGGCAGCUCUUCUCGGUCACUUUAGAAUCCUAAAGUUGUUCCUGGAUUUGAAGCUUGAUCAAAGUAGUGCUCAUGUGGACAGCAGGAAUGCCCAGCUUCUGACAUCACUCCAUAUCGUAUGCACAGAAGGACACACUAAAUGCGCAGAGUUUCUCCUUUCAAGAGGUGCAGAUGUCAAUGCAGUGGAUUUUGAUAACAGAACACCCCUAUAUUUUGCAUCACACAAUGGCCACAUAGAAUGCAUCGAGGAACUCUUUAAAAACAAUGCAAGUGUAGAUUUGGCGCGUUAUGGGGGAUGGACCCCUCUGCACGAAGCAACUAGAUUUGGAUAUAUUGAGUGUAUGAAAAAAUUAAUCGAGCAAGGAGCUGAUGUCUAUGCAGUUUCCGAUGAUUCAUCAUGGACACCAGGUCAUUUGGCCGCAUCAAACGGAAAACUGGAAUGCCUGCAGCUCCUUAUUCAGUGUGGCAUCGAUAUAGAAGCUAAAGGCGGUCCUUACCAUGCUUCUACGUUGCUACACGAGGCAGCACACAUGGGACACCUUGACUGUGUCAUCCUUCUUCUAGAAAAUGGCGCUGAUGCCCUGGCAUUGAACGGACGAGGAGAACUGGCAUUACAUUUGGCGACUCGACAAGGCCACCAAAAGACCCUUAAAGUACUGCUGCAGCAUUACCAAAAAAUAGACUGCAGUUUUGUUGUUAAUGCCUUUCCAAAAGAGCCACCAAGUAGCGAGAAUUCCAAUGUCCGCAUAUCCCGUAAUACUGCUUUGCAUUCGGCAAGUUUCCAUGGGCACGAGCGAUGCGUUGAGAUCUCCUGCGGUAUGGAGCUCUGCAUCUUAUGAACGGUGCUGAACUGUUUCCCAUUCAUAUUGCUGCUAAACAGAAGCAUGUUGGUUGUAUAAGAAUAAUGCUAGCUCACGGAGACGGGUCACUGCUUGCUCAGCUAAGUGGCAAUGAGUACAACGCCCUACAGUACCUCAGUAUGACGACUCAUGCCUUUGACAAAAAGGCAAUGGCCUGCGCUUGCGUCAUGGUCAAUGCCGGUAUCGAUUUUGACGCCGUUCCGGAAUUUGAUGAGCGAUUAUGUUCUCUUUAUUUAGCUGCGCGAAACGGGGCCUUGGAACUGGCGAGUUACUUGCUUGUAAGCGGAGUCAAGACAUCCGUAGAGCUUAACUUGAAUGACCGACUUUUAACAAACCCACGUGUUGCAGAAUCUGUAAGAGCAAUUAAAACUUUCCAGGACCAGCCUUUGCCCCUAUUUAUUGCCACCCGUGUUGCUAUACGGAGACAACUUCAAUAUGGCGGGCUUGCUAAAAUAUUCACGCUUCCUUUGCCCCCUAUCUUACAACAUUAUAUUUUUCAUGGGCAUCCAGAUACUGAUGGCCUGUGUGAUCCGUGAACUUUUAAACAAGUGAUGUUCAUCCAAGGUAUAGUUUUGUACAUAAAUAACAUCCUUUCACCACCUGUAAAGGCAAUUCAAAAAGGAUUGAUUUACCGUUUUUGUAUCCCAUUUAAUGUUUAUUUUCAAUAAGGACUGGAUACCAAACUAAUAUCACCCUGGUCUAUGGUCUACGGCAUUAGCAGCUGCAACUAUGUCAUCGUUCGAUUGCUUAUGGAUAAGGAUUUAUAAUAAAAGCAGAAAUAUUUCUUGCUAUACCCACCUAGCCCGGUUUACGCUGCCUUGGUGUCAGAGGCACAUGAUCUCGAGUGCAUUAAGGAACCGCCCCCCCCCCCUUCAUGAAAAUCGUCCCUGAAUCACUCUCCUCAGACUUGAAUCUUCUUCAAAGUCGAGUCCAGAGAAAGUGGCAGUGUUAAUGGCCAAGGACUUGUUGAAAGAUAUCAGAAAGAGAAAGCUCAAUUUACAACAUCAAGACCACGUAUUUAUUUCAUAGAUGUUGUGGAAUGCUUUUAAAACCAUGGUUCAUUUCUCUGAGGUGGUAAUUUGUCUGGCCUCUCCAUCGAGAAAUGUCUGGUGCCCUCUCCCAAACUAAAAGCACAUGUAUAAGAACUUCAAGGGCAUAAAUUUUUCGCGUGUGCGAAUCUGCACAAAAUCCAAUCUAAUAUUCUCCGUGCAAUUUUUAAGCUAUUAACGUGCGAAAUGGAAUAUACCAUAGAUCUCUAGAAUUUUUAAACUUGAGGUAUACUGCGUUAUGAAUAAAUUGUAGAUCAAAUCAUAUAGUUUGGUUUGGCUUAGGGCUGAGCCCCCUUUAAAGCUGCAAAAAAACACAGUAAAAUCGUUGUCCGUAACUUGCCGUGUUAGCCAUUUAUUUAUCAAUAGACUGCUUUUUGUCCAAAAUUGUCCUUUAGAAUCUCCAUAAAAUGUCCCUAAAUAUUCUGAUCACUUCAGAAAAUUAAAUUUAAAGUGACGUUGAAAAGUUUUCCUUAUUUGUUUUUCGCAAAAUUUUGCUUUGAAGCCCCCGUGGUUGUUCUGAUAGCACAACGUCUUUGCUUGCUUACCUAAUAUACUGUAAGCCGAUUUAGGCAAAAAUUUGAAUUCAUGCUCUUGCAGACCCCUUGUGUGUUGAAUAGCCCUUAUAUUUUUCGGUGUAGUCGUGAAGUAGAUUGUUUAUAUUAGCAGAGAACGAAUAAAUUAAGAAUUGCUUGUGACAAAUUUUGCUAAGUAAUGAGAUUAGUAAAGAAAACCUAAACGAGAGCCCCCAUCGGCAUACUCUUUCUCGUGUCUCAAUGUCUAAUAAGCUACACCCUUGUUUAUAAGAACAAUUUUAUUAGAACACGAGCCUCAAAGUUGAUCAAAAGUUAAGAGGAAAUUAUGAACAAGCUCAAGCUGAGCUACUGAAAAAUGGGAAAGACCUUUGACAAGUUUGAAAUGCAACGUGAAAUCUAUUUCAAGUUCCAUUUGUCGGGGAAGGUAGGGCAAGGAGAAGAAAUAAAAAGGUUCUGGAUACCUUGGCCCCUGCGGACUGACUGUCAAUAUACAAAUGGCAGAACAUCUAAGACCAAGACUCAAGAGACGAAUAAAAAUCAGGGGUGUAGUGCAAGAGGGGCUCAUGGGGGGAAUCCUACUUUUGCUCUUGUUUUUCGCAACAUUUUGUGCAAUUUCCCCUUGUUAUUUUGAUAGCACUGCAACACUGAUAAUAUAUUGAUACGUGACAAUAAAAUAUAAAGUUAAACUUCCAUUUUUAGCAGUUACCCUGCAACUGGGUUCUGCAAACUGGAUGCUACAUACUGGUUAUCUGUCCAUUAGCAUGAAUCUGUGUCGUCCGGAACCCGCACAGCAUUGGGAAAAAUUAGGGGGUCUUAAAAAAAGUGAAGGGGGGCUAUAAUCGCAGAAAAAGAGGUUCUACUGGUAGUUUACUACUUAUUAAAUGGGAAGGCUAAAGCCCCCAGUCCCCUUGUUCCGCAGUGCCUGACUUUCGCGGAACAUCCAGCAGCUUUUUUAUUUCAUUUUAUUUCUAUUUUCCCUUCAGAGGUAAAAU